AUGCUUCCUCGCAUCAAGAAAUGGGCCCGACUUUUGUUACCCAAUAAGCAGGUUGCUCGCUCAGCUUGGAGAGAGACCACCAAAGCGCGUGAGCAAGUGCGAAUGUCACGCAAUGUGAAGUUUAAAGUUGCUGGACAGUUUCGAUUCGGUGAAGUGCAAUAUUUUACCAGGCUCGCAGUCGAAGUGGAUGAUGCCAAUGAAGAUAGUGACGAUGAAGACAACUGGCAUUUUUUGGACAUCGCUGUGAUCCAAAUGUAUUCACUCCCUGACGAAGCUCUCCUGCAACUUUCUUCCCAGACGGUCGCUUCCUGUACCCACUCUGAGCAAGUCUUGGCUAUUGAUGUCAAGGAUAUUGUCAGCGUGAUCGCCAUGGUUCCACACAAACCAACACUUCCAUCGGGGCUUACAGAGGAGCGUUUUUUUAUGAUUGAAAAGCCGGGCUUAGAUGUAUCUGAUCUUGGAGUUCGCUACAGUGCAUAUCAUGAUGAGGACGACGAGGACAAUGCUGAUGAUGCCAGAAUCGAGUAG